AUGGUCUCCCUAAAAAUCCAUCAACCGGCAUCGAAUCCCAUAACCGAGCAACCCUUGAGCCCACGAACGUCGUUCUCAUCUGAUUUUUUCAACGAUCGCGACUUCAUCUCGAUAUGCCCCAACCCCAUGUGGGACGAAGCCUAUUCCGAAUGGGACAUGAUAGAGUUUGAGUUCCUUUCGGUCAGCCAACCAAAGCCCGCGGAUGGCUUGGGUAAGGCCACGCGCCCGAUCACAAGAGAGACUAUCAACUGGCUUCCGGAAGACGACCCAUCUCCGAGGCCACCCAAAUGCACCAUCCUGUGGAAGGAACUACUGAAUUUGAAAAAAUCGCGCACCACGUCAGCGCCACCUUUUUCCAUGCCGUCCUCGUUUUCUAAAUCCUCGUCUUCUCCGAGAGCUUCACUAAGUGAUCAUGCUGAUAAUGUUAAAGACAAGUCUAAGGUUAUUAAGAGGAAGGAGAAGAAAGGAAAGGAGAGAAUGAGUAUAAGGAUAAGGCCGAUUCUUAACGUGCCGAUUUGCAGUCAGGCUAAGAGCAUAGCGUUUUCUCCCGUUUUUCCGGUGAGAAAAGGUAGAUUAGAGAGAUGA